CCCAGAAAAACGCUGCCCGCGCAUCAGAGAGCGGCCGACUGUCCUUCGGAGAGUAGGGUGGUUUUUAGAAAAACCGGGUGUAAUGUGGGUGCCGUCGUCACAAGAGCGUAUCGCAGCGCGAGCUGCUACUCAGACGGCAGUGAGCGCUUACGAGCUCGAGAACUUGGUGACGGCCUUGGUGCCCUCGGAGACGGCGUGCUUGGAGAGCUCGCCCGGGAGCAUGAGGCGGACGGACGUCUGGAUUUCGCGGGACGAGAGCGUCGCCUUCUUGGAGAAGCGGCACAGCUUGGAGGCCUCGAGGGCGAUGCGCUCGAAGAUGUCGUUGAUGAACGAGUUCAUGAUCGACAUGCCCUUCUUGGAGAUGCCCGUGUCCGGGUGCACCUGCUUGAGCACGCGGUAGAUGUACGUCGAGUACGACUCCGUGCGCGACUUCUUCUUCUUGGCGCCGCCGGCCUUCUUGGGGGCUUUCGCCGACUUCUUGGAGGGGGUCUUGGCCAUUUUGUUGUUGGUGUUGUUUCUUUUCCGAUGUGUUGGAGU